CCAAAACCAUUUCUUUCUCUCUCUCUCUCUCUAGAAUAUAGACUGUCUGUCCUUUCCAAGCUUUCCUCAUCUGCUCCCCAUCGUCCUUUUCUUCCCCCUACUCCGCCCCUCGCUCUCCAGAUCUUACAUUCUCUGACUGCUCAGAGGCCGCCUACUGUGCUCGAAUGGCCGGACAGUUCGAUCGCAAUCCGUUCGAAGAGGAAGAAGUUAACCCUUUCGCUGAGCAAGGAGGUAGGGGAAAAUCAACAGGACUAUCUACUUUUAGUGGAGGUGCAUUUUUCACACCAAACCCUAGGAGUGUUCCUUCAGCUCUAUCACCACUUCCUCAUGAAGGUUUCUAUAACAGCAAUGCGUCUGUCGAUAUUCCACUAGACAAAGACAACACAACGGAUUAUAAAAAGAAGGAGAAGGAGCUACAAUCUAAAGAGGCGGAACUUCGGAAGAGGGAGCAGGAGGUAAAGCGGAGAGAAGAUGCUGCAGCUCGAGCUGGCAUUGUUCUUGAGGAGAAGAACUGGCCACCAUUUCUUCCAAUAAUCCAUCAUGAUAUUGCCAAUGAAAUUCCAAUUCAUCUUCAAAAGCUGCAGUAUGUUGCAUUUACUACCUUGUUGGGGCUCUUUGCUUGUCUUUUGUGGAAUGUAGUAGCAGUCACUACUGCAUGGAUCAAAGAAGGAGAUGUAAAAAUCUGGUUCCUAUCUAUUAUUUACUUCAUUUCAGGGGUUCCUGGAGCAUAUGUACUGUGGUACCGCCCACUUUAUCGUGCUUUUAGGAGUGAAAGUGCAAUGAAGUUUGGAUGGUUUUUCAUGUUUUACUUGCUUCAUAUUGGAUUCUGCAUCUUUGCUGCAGUUGCUCCUCCAGUAGUUUUCAGAGGGAAAUCUUUAACGGGUAUCCUGCCUGCAGUGGACCUCAUAAGCAAGCAAGUAUUGGUUGGGAUUUUCUACUUCAUCGGCUUUGGCUUAUUUUGUCUCGAAUCCAUCAUCAGUGUCUGGGUUAUUCAGCAAGUGUACAUGUACUUCCGAGGUAGCGGUAAAGCUGCAGAGAUGAAACGCGAGGCCGCCAGAGGGGCCUUGAGGGCUGCAAUAUAAAUAUCCAUCUUUUUGGGCACUGAUCUAUAAUUACCAGAUACACGAGGAGCCUAGGCACAGAUGUAUGCGUGUUACAUAUGUUAGGAUUUGUUCUUCCCUAUGUAUGUUGUUAACCUUUAGACCCAAAGUGCCAAUAUAGACAAACGGUCAAUUCUGCAUAUUUAUUUUUUUUUCAAAGGGUUUGUGUGUAAAUUAUCCUUGACUUCAUUAUUUUUGUAUUCUACUCCCUCCGUCCUAAUGUUCAUUGUACAAUUAGUCCCUUCUAUUUUUCAAGAAUGCUGCAUCCUUUGUCAAAAAAGUUUUUCCUAGCUA